AGAUAACUGGUUCACUUAGAAUAACUAUAAAUUGGCCGCAAUGAAAAAGCUCAGUUAUGUUAUUUUCAUUGAACAAAUAAAGUCAAUAUGAAGCUGUUGCUAUUGUUGGCCCUUGUUGCUUUGGAUUACUUGGGAUGCAUCGCCUACUCCGAGGAGGACGAGGCCCAAUGGGAACUAUUUAAGAUCGAAUAUAAUAAAGAGUACAAUAAUGAAGGAUCCGAAGCUGAGUCGGAGAAAUAUAGAAAGAAAAUCUUCAUGAAAAAUCUCAAGUACAUCCGUAAACACAACAAGAAGUACGAGCGAGGAGAAGUUACCUUCACCGUAGAAGUCAACAAGUUCGCUGACAUGAGGUCAGGUGAGGUGCACAGGAUGGGCCAAGGUUUCAAACUGCAUAAAGACAGCCAGAGAAGAAAAGCUACGUUUAAGACCAAUGGGACCCUGGAAAUUCCCGAUAGUAUAGACUGGAGGAUGAAGGGAGCCGUAACCAAAGUUAAGGACCAGGGAGAGUGUUCUUCUUCCUGGAUCUUUAGUGCGGUUGGAAAUGUAGAAGGACAGAACUACAUGAAAACCAAGAAGCUGGUGUCAUUGAGUGAGCAGAACGUUCUUGACUGCAGCAAUGAAAGAAGUAAAUACUAUUUCAAAGGAUGUGAGGGAGGAAAUAUUUGGGACGCUUUCUAUUACAUUAAUGACAACGAGGGAAUUGACACAGAGGCUUCCUACCCCUACGAGGCUAAAGAAGGUGAGUGCAGAUACAAUGCUACGAACAAGGGAGCCACUAUCUCUCACUACGGUUUUUUUUAUUCUGAGACACAAGAGCUGGGCAUUCAAUAUUCUGUGGCUACUUAUGGACCUGUGUCUGCCAUCAUCGACACAGCCCACAUCUCUUUCCAGCUGUACAAGAGUGGAGUAUACAUGAGGAAUAGCACAUCAUAUAAAGGGGACCAAUCAGUGUUAAUUGUCGGGUAUGGAACUGCUAAGAAGGGAGGAGACUUCUGGUUGGUGAAGAACUCCUGGGGCACCUCCUGGGGAAUGAAGGGAUACAUUAUGAUGGCCAGGAACCACAAUGGCAUGUGCAGUAUUGCCUAUAAUAACUGGGGCGCAUUAAUUAGGCCGUGACUUCAUGGUCCAUGGCCACCUCAAAAUAGUUACUUUGUUUUUAUUUAGUUAAAUAUAACUAAUUAUUGAAGCAAUUGC